AUGUCGAAAGUGUUUUUUCUGGUCUUCGUCUUGUCAGCCCUGGUCGAAGUCCACUUCUCCCUGAAGCCGGCCUCCGCCAUUAGCUGCCUCGACAUAGACCUCGCUCUCCAGCAGUGCGUCCCCCAACCUGGUCGGGAAGGCCCCGACACCCUCCACCGCCUGCUGCGACGGUGUCCGGCGUGUCAGGAGAAUGACCCUCACCGCCGCGGGAGCGCCUCGCCUGCGGCUGCGUGGAGGACGCCGCCGCCCACGUCCAUGGGCUCAACGACGAGGCAAAGGUCACGCUCCCGGCUAAGUGCAACACCUCCCUUCCCUAUCCAAUCUCCACCAACUUAGACUGCAACCAGUAA